AUGAAUAAUGGAAUUGACGAACAUUUAAGUAAAUCUCGUACGACUUAUCGAAAUCUUCAUCAUCCACCAAGUCCACCAAUGUCACCACCAACAAAUAAAUUAGAAAAUAAUAUAGCUCCAAGUGAAGAUAGUGAUGAUGAUACAACAUUACCAACAUUUGUUAAUCAAUUUUUUUUUCCUAAAAAUACAAUAAAAACACUUUCACCACCAUUACCAUCGUCAUCAAAUGAGGCUGGAAUGUUUCGUGCUAUACGUGGUCAAGUUAUAAUUCAUCAUGAUCAUGACCGAUCAUCUAAAGUUCAAUGUGAAGAAAAUCGAAAUGAAAUUAACAAUGGCAAUGAUGAAGAAGAGGAAGAAGAAGAAGAAGAACUUGAAAAUCUUUCAAUACAUCGUACAAAUGGUGGAAAUUAUGAAUUACAUUAUGAUGUUGAUAAUCCUCUUGAAAUUUCUUGUUCAAUGUCACUUUCAUCAGCUGAAACAGUUUCUGAUCAUUCUCUAUCACCUAUACGUCAUACAUCAUCAAUUCAUAUUGAUGGAAAUACUCCAUCGAAUUUUAAACAUGAACAUACACCUAUUGAACUAUCAGAUGAUGACGAUGAUGAUGAUCUUGAUGAUGGUAGAGGUGAUGAUACACCAUCAUCAAUACUAAGUGAUAUUGAUUAUCAUGAAAAAGAAUUAACUAAUCAUGAUAAUAUGAAAGAACAAGAUGAAAAAUUACGAACAUUUCGUGGUUGGCAUUUAUCAAUGCUUAAACAAAUUGAUGAAAAAUUACGAGAAAUUGAACUUGAAACAGUAUCAAAUACAACAAAAACAACUACAUCAAUUCAACAAAAUAAAAAACCUAUUGCAAAAUCAUUAACAAAUAAGAAAAAAAUUAUUCGUCCAACUAUUCGUCGACGUUUUGAAACAACAAAUAUUAAACGUCAUAAUUCACCUUUACCACAAAUUAAAAUUAAUCCACAUCGUUCAUUAACACCAUCUGUAGAAAAAGAAUCACGUACACUUAUUAUUAAUUUACCACCAUCAUCAUCAUCUUCAUCAUCAUCCUCUUCAUCAUCAUCAUCAGAUAAUGAACAAGAUUUUCCAUCUCCACCAGUAUCAUCACAACCAAUACAUAUUCGUAUUGUUCAUAGUCCUAUUUAUCAAACACGUCAACGUGCACAAAGUACUGAACCAUUAAUUGUACGUGAUCAAGGUGCACAAACUGAACCAUUUCAUCAGUCAAAUAAUAAUAUGGAUCGUCGACCUGCACGUCCGGCUAGUAUUGAAUGUGAUCGUUUACAAUCAACACGUUCAUUGACACGUACACAAAAGAAUCAAUUUUUUGAACAACACCGACAACAGCACCAGCAACACCAACACCAACAACAACAAAAUCAACAUCCAACAGAACAAAUUAAAUUCUAUAGUUUACGUAGUCGAAAUAUUCAACCAAGACCAAGUAUUGUUACACAAGCACCUACGUCAAUACCACGAUUACCAACAACAUCAUCUGCUCUUUAUAAACAAAGAAUAGCUAUGAAAGAACAAAUUCAAUCUUCAUCGCCGAUUUUUCGUCCAACUAUAUCCGCUGAUCCAUCUGUAUAUUCAGAUGAUUAUGGACAUGUAACACAAAUGAAUACAAAAAAUCUUGGAACAUUAGUUGAUAAAGUUUUUGAUGAUAUUUAUCAAGACAAACCAACAGAUUUCUAUCGAGACUAUAGACAACUUUUAAAUGACAUUCAAAUACGAUUUAGUAUGGUAUCUUCAGUAGAACAAUCUCCUAUUAUUCAUCAUCAUCCUCCUCCUCCACCUCCUCUACCACCCCCUCCACCACCAUUACCAUUUAUUCAUCGUCAAUUACCAUCACAACCAAUUUUUGUUGAUUAUUCUCGAAUAUCACAACCAACAUCAUCACAAGCUCAACUUUGUGACACACUCAUUUAUAUUCCUAAUCCUCUUUAA